AAAAUGUGCAAUCAGAUAGGGCUGAGCUUUUGAAACACUUCAACCAUGACAAAAAGAGAAGCGGAAGAGCUGAUAGAAAUUGAGAUUGAUGGGACAGAGAAGCCAGAGUGCACAGAAGAAAGCAUUGUAGAACAAACCUACACCCCAGCUGAAUGUGUAAGCCAGGCCAUAGACAUCAAUGAGCCAAUAGGCAAUUUAAAGAAACUACUAGAACCAAGACUACAGUGUUCCUUGGAUGCUCAUGAAAUAUGCCUACAAGAUAUCCAGCUUGAUCCAGAACGAAGUUUAUUUGACCAAGGAGUAAAGACAGAUGGAACUGUACAGCUUAGUGUACAGGUAAUUUCUUACCAAGGAAUUGAACCAAAGCUGAACAUCCUUGAAAUUGUUAAACCUGCGGAAACGGUUGAAGUAGUUAUUGAUCCAGACGCUCACCAUGCUGAAGCAGAAGCACAUCUUGUUGAGGAAGCCCAAGUGAUAACUCUCGAUGGCACAAAGCACAUUACCACCAUUUCAGAUGAGACCUCGGAACAAGUGACAAGAUGGGCUGCCGCGCUGGAAGGUUACAGGAAAGAGCAGGAGCGCCUUGGGAUACCCUAUGAUCCUAUACAGUGGUCCACAGACCAGGUCUUGCACUGGGUAGUUUGGGUAAUGAAGGAAUUCAGCAUGACUGAUAUAGACUUCAGCACACUCAGCAUUUCAGGACGAGAAUUAUGCAGCCUCAACCAAGAAGAUUUUUUUCAGCGAGUCCCUCGGGGAGAAAUUCUCUGGAGUCAUCUGGAGCUUCUUCGAAAAUAUGUAUUGGCAAGCCAAGAACAGCAGAUGAAUGAGAUAGUUACAAUCGAUCAACCUGUCCAGAUUAUUCCAGCGUCAGUUCAGUCUGCUACACCAACUACAAUUAAAGGUAUAAACAGUAGUGCAAAGGCAGCCAAAGUACAAAGAGCUCCCAGGAUUUCAGGAGAAGAUAGAAGCUCACCAGGGAACAGAACAGGAAACAAUGGCCAAAUUCAGCUGUGGCAGUUUUUGCUCGAACUUCUUACUGACAAGGAUGCUCGAGACUGCAUUUCUUGGGUUGGUGACGAAGGCGAGUUUAAGCUCAAUCAGCCUGAACUGGUUGCACAAAAAUGGGGACAACGUAAAAAUAAACCUACAAUGAACUAUGAGAAACUCAGUCGUGCAUUAAGAUAUUACUAUGAUGGGGACAUGAUUUGUAAAGUUCAAGGCAAAAGAUUUGUAUACAAGUUUGUCUGUGACUUGAAGACUCUUAUUGGAUACAGUGCCGCAGAGUUGAACCGAUUGGUCACAGAAUGUGAACAGAAGAAACUUGCGAAGAUGCAGCUCCAUGGAAUUGCCCAGCCAGUCACGGCAGUAGCCCUGGCUACGGCUUCUCUGCAGACAGAAAAGGAUAACUGAGCCCAGGACCUUCUGGGGUUUCGAGGUCUUUCUUAAAUGCUAGAGCAAGUAUUGAUUGCUCUUACCUUUAUUACUGAAUUUGAAUCUUUUAUUUCUAGACUGUACAAUCUGAUGCAUGAUUUUUUUAUAAAUAUUUCAUACUCUUGUGAAUUUGGAUCUUUUUACUUUGAGCAUAUAUUUUAGAAUAUGUAUAUGUUAAAAGGUCACCACAAUGGCUUCAGUAUGAAGGCAGGUUCAUUGUGGAUAAUUUGUUAACAGCCAGGAAAGCUAAACUGGUCAGUAUUAAUGCCUAGCCCUACCAAAAAUUGCCAGUAGCAUCUGAGGAUGAAAAAUAAAUGAAGUAUCUCCAGGGAACAAUCUGGCUUAACUAUUUUUGAAAAUAUAACUGUUUCCCCUCUCUGCUGCUUUAGAUGUUGCUUUCUUUGCAUAGAACCGGAAUGUGGAAUUUUAACAGCUAAAGCAUGUGUGCCUGUUUCACCUCGUCAAGCAGAGCUAAAACAGUCUUAUCAAAUAAAUAUAUAACAAUAAAAUGCUAAACGAACAGUAUCAGGUUAUUAAAGUACUGUAUGGAUUUGCAAACGGAGGACACAAAGCAGUUUGGACUGGCAGAAGAGCAGUGCUGGAGAGGGAGAUCCAGGUCGAAAUCUGGCUUAACUCAAGCCAGGUUUAAGGAUUUCUGUGUAGAUUAGUCAUAAUGUCAGGCCAAUAAUUUAAAUUAUUCUUAGAGGCGUUUAAUUCUAAUAAACCAACUAUUACAAAAAAUUUGAAAUGAUCUCUGUUUUUCCUGUCAGAGAUUUAAAAAAAAAACCAAGAAGGUAUAACUCAGCCAAAAGUUGGCUUGUUUUGGUUUGGCUUCUCUCUGUUUUUUAAAAAUUACCCUUUAGUGCCGAUUAUUAUGCAAAGCAGUUUAUAUAGUCAUUGUGUUUCUGAUGAAAUGAAGACUUUAAAUCAGUCAGCAGUACUUGACCUUUCAAGAUAUUAGUAAAUUACUUGCAAAUAGUAAUAGUAAAAAGGAAAUUUUGACCUCCAGUACAGGCAGUCUUAAAACAAAAUUUCCCAUUUAUUUAAUUUUUUCCUUUUGAAUAUUUGUGUGUGUGAGUAUAUAAAUAUCUAUGUACAUGUCCAUUUGAUUAUUUCCUAUAUAUAUAGGUACACACAUAUAGGAAGACAGUACUCGAAAGAUAUUUCAAAAGGUAAUAAUUCAUCUUUAUAAAUCUUAAGAUAUUAAAUAAUUCAUAUAUAUGAAAUUCUUUACUUACCACAAGCUAACACUAAAAGAAGUGGCUAGAAAUAUCUUUCUUUUUUGCUUGCUUGCUCGCUCGCUCACUUAUCUUGCUUUGGUUUUUGUAUUGUUGUUUGUUUUAAGGUUUGUAUAAAUCCUGAUAUGAGAUACUGGCACAUAACUUCUAAUCCUCUUGUGGCGGAAGAUUGAUUCUCAAAUAUUCUUUUAUGCACCUUCUCCCUCACCAUUUACUUUAAAUUCAUCCCUCUAAACAGCUUUAUAAGAGAGUUAAUGCUUUUGACUAACUAGCAGGAGAUGGCCACGGUGAUACAGGCAAGGUCAACAAUACUAAAGAGAGGUUUGGAAUGAACCACAGGAUGCAGGGCUCUUAGGAACAAGGAGGAGAGGAGGGAUCCGUGAUCUCCUCGUCUGAUAACCUCAAAUAACUUUUAAGUGCUGUGCUGUAGGACUACAAGUGUAAUGUUGGUUUGUUUAUAUUACUGUAGUAAGUCCUUGAAGACCCUGCAGUGAAUAGCUAAAAAAGAAUAAAAUUUAUAACUUCCCAUUUUUAUCUUUUUAUAAACACAUACCAAAUAGACUGACAAUUAUUAGGUGUAGUGAUUGGAAGAAUACCUGAGUAGACUAGCACUAUGAAAUAAUACACAGAAGCUCUAGUUUCAGAUAACAAACAGCUAAAAAGAAGAUUUUGCACCAUCCAUUUAUGGCCUGGGGAGUUGACAAGUCACUUAUAAUUUAAAAAAAAUGAAGUAUACUAUUCUGGUAUAUUAUCAAGACCUUGAAAUGCUUGACUUUUAAAAUACUUUUUGGGUGACAUUAUGUUAAAAUUUUAGCCAGCAUGGCAGAUUUCCUUUAUAGGUAUAUAUAUAUAUUUUAAGGCAAGGAACACCUACAUUUAUUUUAGAUUCCUAAAAUCAAACUAUUUUUUUCCCUUUAAACAUUCCUCAGAUGUUUUAAACACUCUCUCUCUCACACACACACACACACACACACACACACGUAUACACGCUCAUUCUGUCCCUUUUCUUCCCUGAGCAGUUUUUAUUUCUCAUAAUUUGAACAGAGAUGAUUCUCACAUGUGAUCGGGUGCUCUUCUUCUUUGCCUCUCUUUCUCAUUUUAUGCACCAUAACAUAGGUAAAGUAAUGAGACUAAUCUCCCCAGUUGAUUCAAAAACUUCUGUUACUUUGUCUCAACUUACAUGAACUAUUUUCAUUGUCCUUACUGAAGUUCAGUUAUCAGAAAGUCAGGUAGUCUUUUUCCCUUAUUAAAAGAUUAUGAAAGAAAAUAUAAUUCACACUAUUCAUUCUUCGUUAUGUUUUUAUGAAUGAAUUUUCCACAGGAGAAUUUAUAAUAUAUUCAGAGGAUGAAAGAUAAAAAUUUUGGUCAUCUUUUGUACCUUAUAAGUAUAAGAAUAAUGAAGUGUUCACUUUUGUUUUAAAACUUAUUUUCCACAUAAGGUUCUCAUUGAGCCACUUUCAUGGGUAUCUAGCUAGCUUAAAGUUUGGAAGUGUGUGUUGGCACCAGAAAAUCAAACUAGGCAGAAUUGCUGUGUGUGGCCGAUCCUCACAUGAAUCAACUUAUCACAUUCAUUUUUGUGUCAGUCUGUGUCAAUUAAUUAGGAAAAACUGUUUAGUUGUUUUUCUCCUCUGAUUAAUGGUGAAAUUCAAGUAUGAUAUUUCUUUAAAGGAUUGUACCUCCAGAUAUUUUUUGCGAGGUUUGCUCUUUUACAUAUUCAUCAUUUUAUGCUACUGCCUUUUAAGAGGAACUAGUGUAUCUUUGAAAUAGCACAAAAAUAUUUUUAAAUUCAUAAUUGCAAAACAACCUGUGACUAACUUAAUGUCUUCAUAUCUACAGGGUGUAAAAAUAUUGAUAUUCAGUGAUAUUUCACUUGCUGCCAGAAAAAAAAUUCUCAAUUUUUUGUAAAAGGGAGGAGGAUUUUUGCAUACAUUUUUACUCUUUAAAUAAAGACACUUAUACUGUCAUAAUAACAA